AUGCUCUAGGUCUGCACGACUCAGCACCAAUAGAAACCCAGCAGAGUGGGAGGAGUCUGGCUGCUACUGAAAGCUUCUGCAGCUCCGGUGUGUGAGUACCUAGCUGUGCGUUGGGCCCUGCUCUUAUGGGCAGGAGCGUGAGGAGAACACAAGCAUGUCCGCCUCAGUAGUGAGAGCGACUAUCAGGGCUGUAAGCAAGAGGAAGCUGCAGCCCACAAGAGCUGCCCUCACUCUGACCCCAGCUGCUGUCAAUAAGGUUAAAAAGUUACUUCAAGAUAAACCUGACAAUAUUGGUUUAAAAGUAGCAGUUCGGACAAGAGGAUGCAAUGGGUUGUCCUAUUACUUAGAAUAUGCAAAGUCCAAAGGGCCAUCAGAUGAAGAAGUAGUUCAGGAUGGGGUUAGAGUGUUCAUAGAGAAGAAGGCACAGCUGACGCUUUUAGGAACUGAAAUGGACUAUGUAGAAGAUAAACUUUCAAGUGAAUUUGUUUUUAAUAAUCCCAACAUCAAAGGAACGUGCGGAUGUGGCGAGAGCUUCAAUAUUUAACAUAGCAAGACUUUUUUGCUUGCUUUUAGCAUUGUGAAAUCUCUUUCGUCUUUCCUGCUAUUGUCUAGCACUCUUGCCAGACUGCUGUCUUUGAAACAUGGUCUGUUCCCACUAAAUAAAGGUCCCCAUGCAUUGUUAGAACAAUAGCUACACACUAGACUGUGCAUUCAUAACGUGGGCUCUUAGCAGGGAAAGGUCAUGUUGUGUUUGUUACCUACUAAUUCUGCCUUUUUGAGUUAUGGAGCACAGUUAUAAAAAAAACUGGCCUGUAUUAAAAAACAUAUUUUCUCUUUCAGCGGUGGGCAAGUUA